CGCGGGCACGUUUCCGGCGGGGCGGGGUGGCUCCCCGAGGAAGAGUCGCGCGCCCUCCUCCUCCUCCUGGCUGCGCGGGACGACGGGUGCCGCGGAGGGACGCUCCUCGCGUUUCGCGCUUCCGCUGCUGAUGCUCCGGCAUGUCCGCGGAUAGGUCUCGUGCGGGACGGACUAGAAGGCGGCGGCGGCCGCCGGCCAAGGACGAGACGGCAGAGGCGGCGGCGGCGGAACGGCAGAGGCGGCGGCUACAGGAGGCGCUCUCCGAACUGAAGGAUUCCGACUUCUGGGACUCCAGCCGAAGAACCAUCUUGAAGGCCCUGCGGAGCCCCCCAGCAGCCCAGCAGCAGGACCCCUUGCGGGAGUGGCCGGAGGCCCUUCGGGGGGGAGCGGCCCCGGAGGGCCCCGGGGGCAGAGCGGGGGGCCUGCGGUGUGUGUGCUACGGCCUCGGGAGCUUUUGCUCGUGCGGGAAGGCGCGCCUGCAGCUGGCCUUCCUCUUGCUGCUGCUGGAGGAGCUCAAGGUUGCCCCAGAGAUGUGCUUCAUCUUUGACCCCGUCUUUUCCACACUGGAAAUUGAGGUGCUGAGCGGCCUCGGCCUCACCGUGCUGCAGUGGAACGAGGAGGGGAAACGGAGCAUCGAGGGCCCCACGCUCUUCUACAUGAUCCACUGUGGGAAGGCGCUAUACAACAACCUGCUAUGGAGCAACUGGUCCGCGGAGGCCCUCGCCCAGAUGGUGGUCGUAGGCAAUAGCUUCAGAGGCUUCGAAGAGAGGCUGCUGGCCAAAGUCUUCCGUGAGAAUUAUAGCUACAUUGCCAAGGUGUUGGCGGCAACCCAGGAGGAAGCCCUUCCGCCCCACCUGCAGCACCCCGAUGUCUUCAACGACACAUCUGUCCACCGCUUUCCUCUGCAGAAACUGAGGGGCCUCCCCCAGGACUGUUGGGCCUGUCAGCCGGAGCCCCGUUACCCGGAAGAGGCUCAGCUGGAGAUCAUCAGAAGCAAACCUCAGUAAUAUUUCUCCUCCCCCCUCCCCAUGCACAGGAAAGGAGGGGUGGAGCUGCAACAAUCCUGUUAGGAGCCCAAAGUCCUGGUGGGCCCUGCCCUACAAGCGGAGGAGACUCAACUCUUGCUUCUUGCUCAGAGCAGGAUGCUUUUUUGGGGGGUGGGGGGAAAGAGAUGGAAAAUGAUGAUGGUAGGUUUUGCUCUUUCCAGGAAACUAUGCCAGGAUUUCUCCUCAAAAGUGCAAGGGGAACCUUAUAUUGACUUUUGUAACCAUUAAAAAUA